GAAAAAGUUUUACAGUUUAUAAAACGUAUUAUUUGGGUGAUACGCAGUUGUUGAUUUUGUGCAGUUUUUUGUGAUUCUUUUCAUAAUAAAAUAAAUUCCCACAAUUAAUAAAACAACAUCUGGCUGUUGACAAAAAUGGCACAAUCAAAUGAUGAACCCGCAAACAAAAGAAGAAAAAGUGACAGCUGUGAUAUCAAAAGCUUGUGUCACUUGUUGAACAUUCGUAGUGGAACACUUGAUCUUCCUGAUAAUCAACAAAUCACAUUGACUGUUGGUAGCAGAAGCAUGAAUAUCAUGAACAUAACACCAGAUGAUUAUGCUUACUUGGAUUCUAAUUUAGACGUUGCCUAUUUUGGUCAAAAAGAUAAAAAAGUAACAAACACAGAAGUUCGUAAAUCCAAACACACAAAAACAUUCUCAAUCAACUUGAACAUCAAGGCAAUACUCAAGACAAUCAAUGUCGAAGGAUUCAUUGAUCAGUAUAAAUUAAAUUACUACAAAACUGGUGAUUUUUUUCUUGCACAUCGUGAUACAAAUCGUCAAGGAUUAAUGGGUACAUUUAUUUUAUUAUUACCAUCAGAAUAUGUUGGUGGUGAAUUAUGUUUUGGUGAUUACAAUGUUGAAGAAAAUAUGGAUAAAUCAACAUUAAGAUUUAUUUAUUUUAAUGGUGAAUUGGAACAUUCAGUUACCAAAGUAUUGAGUGGUAAUCGUUUAUCAUUGAUUUACAAUAUUUAUGAUUUACGUUAUCAUCAAAAUAACACUAUUACACCAGCAGCAAUUAAUAUUUAUUUUCCUGAUGAACAUUAUCAAAAAUUAUUGGAUUACACAAUUAAAUAUUGUGAAGGUAAACAAAAUAUAUUGCUGGGUUAUUAUAAACAUCGUAAUGAUGUAUUUAAACGUUUACUCAAUGCCCUUGAAAGUCAAUAUGAAGUCAUUCAAGUAUCAGUUGAUCGAGAAUCUCCAAUAAGUACAAUUAAAACUGUUUUUACAUUGCGUGAAGGUCUUGAUGAUCCAUUUGGAUAUGGAGAUGAAAUCGAUAAAUACGAAAAAGAUUUUGAUGAUAUUGUUCAAGACGAGUAUGAUGUUAGACAUACAUUAUUUGCUGAGCAUUGCAAUUUAACAAGUGACACAGUAACUUUGUCCAAAGAGGAUGGAUACACUGGUAAUUCACCAGACUACAAAGAGUACGAGAUUGAACACUACACAGCUUAUUUAAUUAAUCCAGAUCAAGCUAUUUAAUUUACCAACAAAUAUUUCAUACUCUGGGCAAAAAAGUAAUUAUUUUCUUUUUGUUAUUUUCGUCAUAUUAAUAUUGAUUUUUUUUUUCUUUGCUAUUAAUUAAUUUUAUUUUCUGAGGGGUUGGGAUUUGAUUAACUGCUUGCAAGUGUCGAAUCUAAAAAUCUAUUUACUUAUUAACAAAAAAAUUUUGAUUUACUGUUGAUUGAUUAUUUUUUUUUUUUCUC